ACGUGAACAAGCUCCCCUGCCAGGGGCUAAAUCUGGGAGCUGGCUGCUGUGCGUUCUGGCCCUGCCACUCGACCUCCGGCGCCUGUCGGGAGGCCCUUUCCCUUCCUGACCUGCGGGGACCGGCUGCCAUGUCCCACCGGAAGUUCUCUGCCCCUCGGCACGGACACCUGGGCUUCCUGCCCCACAAGAGGAGCAGCCGGCACCGGGGCAAGGUGAAGACUUGGCCUCGGGACGACCCCAGCCGGCCCGUACACCUCACGGCUUUCCUGGGCUACAAGGCGGGCAUGACGCACACUCUUCGAGAGGUGCACAGGCCCGGGCUCAAAAUUUCCAAGCGGGAGGAAGUGGAGGCUGUGACGAUUGUGGAGACACCGCCUCUGGUGGUGGUGGGCGUGGUGGGCUAUGUGGCCACCCCUCGCGGCCUGCGGAGCUUCAAGACGAUCUUUGCAGAGCACCUUAGUGACGAGUGCCGUCGCCGCUUCUACAAGGACUGGCACAAGAGCAAGAAGAAAGCCUUUACCAAGGCCUGCAAGAGGUGGCGGGACGCCGAUGGCAAGAAGCAGCUGCAGAAAGACUUCGCCGCCAUGAAGAAGUACUGCAAGGUCAUCCGUGUCAUUGUCCACACUCAGAUGAAGCUGCUGCCUUUCCGGCAGAAGAAGGCCCACAUCAUGGAGAUACAGCUGAACGGUGGCACGGUGGCUGAGAAGGUGGCCUGGGCCCAGGCCCGGCUAGAGAAGCAGGUGCCCGUGCACAGCGUGUUCAGCCAGAGUGAGGUCAUUGAUGUCAUUGCUGUCACCAAGGGCCGGGGUGUCAAAGGGGUCACGAGCCGCUGGCAUACCAAAAAGCUGCCACGGAAGACCCACAAGGGGCUGCGCAAGGUGGCCUGCAUUGGCGCCUGGCACCCUGCCCGCGUGGGCUGCUCCAUUGCUCGGGCCGGGCAGAAGGGCUACCACCACCGCACAGAGCUCAACAAGAAGAUCUACCGUAUUGGCCGGGGGCUGCACAAGGAGGAUGGGAAGGUGGUCAAGAACAAUGCGUCCACGAGCUACGAUGUGACUGACAAGUCCAUUACACCACUGGGCGGCUUCCCGCACUAUGGGGAAGUCAACAACGACUUUGUCAUGCUGAAGGGUUGCAUCGCGGGCACCAAGAAGCGGGUCAUCACGCUGAGGAAGUCCCUCCUGGUGCAUCACAGCCGCCGGGCCCUGGAGAAUAUCGAACUCAAGUUCAUCGACACCACUUCUAAGUUUGGCCACGGCCGCUUCCAGACCGCGCAAGAGAAGAGGGUCUUCAUGGGUCCCCAGAAGAAGCAUCUUGAGAAGGAAAAGCCAGAGACCUCGGGAGACCCGUAGGCGGCUUGCGAUGGAGGGAGCCUGAAGGAAGCGCGGCGCGACCCCCGCCUGUCCCCGCUGUCUAAUAAAGUGCGGAGGCGACUCUGCCCGCGGUGUCU